GCUUCAUCUCAUCUUGAUAUUAAUCAUUCAACAGUGACUUUUUCUCCAGUAUAUAUAUGGUUCAAGUAGCUAGAAGAUAAACUAGGACUUAACUCUCUUUUUCUCAUCGCCCAAACACACAUGAGAAGACAUACAUGAUAUAGAUUUCCAAUAUCUCCCAACAUCUGCAAUAUUUAGACAAAUUCCUAGAUCUCUUCAAUCCCAUCGACCAUUCAUAUGUGCGGGACGCUUGUGAGAUGAUGAGCGCAUGAUUCCGCUUUCUAUUCCCUGAACUUCCCAGACCACCAUGCACGUCCUGGAAACAAAACCCUAGCUUUUUCCUAAAUUCCUCUCUCAAUUCCUGUCCCUUUUCUUUAUAAAUUGUCAAAGCCAUGAAGGCUGAACUCAAAGGAAACACGUCUGUUUCUCUACAGAGCCCUACUCUCUUCGACACCCGUCAGAGUCCUCUUUCAGGAGCGCUUAAUGGGUGUCUCGGAAGCCUCGACGGAGCAUGUUUAGAGAAGCUUUUGAUUCACUGUGCGAGUGCGUUGGAGACCAACGAUGUUACUUUGGCUCAGCAAGUUAUGUGGGUGCUAAAUAAUGUCGCUUCUUCGGUUGGUGAUCCUAACCAGAGGCUCACUUCUUGGUUUCUGCGAGCACUAAUCUCAAGGGCCUCUAGGGUUUACCCCACCACGAUGAACUUCGAUGGAAGCAGUACGAUUCCAAAAAGGUUGAUGUCCGUGACCGAGCUUGCCGGGUACGUUGAUCUAAUCCCUUGGCACAGGUUUGGAUUUUGUGCAUCAAAUAGUGCCAUUUUAAAGGCAAUUCAAGGGUUCCCAAGAGUUCACAUCUUAGAUUUUAGCAUCACACAUUGUAUGCAGUGGCCUACUCUCAUAGACGCACUAGCCAAAAGGCCAGAAGGCCCUCCAUCGCUUCGAAUCACAGUGCCCUCUAGCAGGCCUCCAGUCCCUCCCUUGCUUAAUAUAUCAACCGAAGAAGUUGGCCUUCGUUUGGGAAAUUUCGCAAAGUAUAGGGAUGUUCCAUUUGAAUUCCAUGUCUUUGACAACUCACCUUCAACUGCACUAGGUGAAAUUAUGUGUAAAGAAUCACCUAGCUUUCACUUCGAAUCAAUUUUGAGCCACUUGAAUAAUCCUUCCAUGCUAAAUCUUAGAGAAGAUGAAGCUCUGGUAAUAAACUGCCAGCACUGGCUGCGCUAUUUGUCUGAUGAGCUGAAGGGGAGUCCUCACGGUGCUUCAUUGCGAGACACUUUCAUUAAUAUAGUUAAAGGUCUUAACCCUCAAAUUAUAGUGGUGGUAGAUGAAGAUUCAGAUCUGAGUGCAUCAAGCCUGACAUCAAGAAUUACCACUUGCUUUAAUUACCUGUGGAUACCCUAUGAUGCCUUGGAGACUUUUCUGCCAAAAGAUAGUAGCCAAAGGAUAGAAUAUGAAUCGGAUGUUGGCCAUAAAAUUGAAAACAUUAUCAGUUUUGAAGGGUUUCAAAGAAUAGAGAGGUUAGAGUCCGGCAUUAAAUUGUCUCAGAGAUGGAAGAACGCCGGUUAUUUGAACAUUCCGUUCUGCGAAGAGACUGUUAAGGAAGUCAGGGCUUUGCUUGAUGAACAUGCAAGUGGAUGGGGCAUGAAGAAGGAAGAAGAUAUGUUGGUUCUCACAUGGAAGGGCCAUAACUCAGUUUUUGCCACUGUUUGGGUCCCAAAUGGUUUGGAGGAUUAAAAGGGUGUGGACUUAAAAAAGUGUCUUAAAAUUGUCACACAAAUGGGGUGAAUUGGACGUAUCUUGGGAUCGAUGGGAGAAUUGGGUUUUCUUCAGACGUGGUCCGAACAGUGACAAAACAAGUUGCUUUUAUCUCUUCAGCAAAAGGCUGCAAAUGGGGAUAAGACAAAAUAAAAUCUCAUCAGAAUAACCUUUCACACUCAUUUUGUAGUACUGGAGCUCUAGCAAUGGUCACAUGAAAGGCGAGGAGAUAAUAGUACAUUUAAUUGUCGUUGUAAGAUCAGACAAAAUCUAAAUUACUUUGUUUAAUUUCCCAUUUCUGCAGGUUCCUUUUCUUUUUUUUUUCUCUUUUU